AUGCCUACCCAUACAACUAAUGCGACUGCGACUAGAAGUCCCAGUGCCGCCAAACCACUGGUUCUGGGAAGCAACAAUCCCGACAUCGAGCAUCCCGCCUCCACCAACAGGCCGAUGUUCAGUGAAGACUGGGACAUAACAUCAAGCAGCGGGUAUCGCAUCUCCGACAACAUGAUCAACGAGCCGCCUCCAGGCAAGCAGCCAUUCCGGAUAAUCAUGAUCGGAGCCGGCGCGGCGGGCAUCGACUUCCUGCACCACGCCAUACGCGAGUUCCAACACGCCGACGACGUCGAGUUCGUCUGCUACGAGAAGAACCAUGACGUGGGAGGGACGUGGUUGGAGAAUCGAUAUCCCGGGUGUGCGUGCGAUGUGCCGAGUGCCAGUUACCAGUUUGGUUGGCGGCCGAACCCGAACUGGACGCACUAUUAUAGCCCCGCGCGGGAAAUCUGGAAAUAUUUGCGGGAUAUUGUGGACGAGGAGGAUAUGAUGAAGUAUAUCCGUUUGCGGGCCCGGGUUACUCGAGCGGAGUGGAGGGAAGAGAGGUCAAAAUGGGUGGUGCGUGUGGAGGAAAGUGGGGAGGAUGGGAAGGUGUCAAGGGUGUGGGAUGACGAGUGUGAGGUUUUGCUGAAUGGAAACGGGUUUCUCAAUAACUGGAAGUGGCCCGAUAUUCCCGGAUUGAUGUCCUUCAAGGGCCGGCUUUUCCACACAGCCAAAUACGAGGAAGGACUCGAUUUGAAAGGAAAAAGAGUAGCGGUCAUUGGAUCAGGGAGUUCAGGAGUUCAAGCUGUUGCAGCAGUUUACAAGGACGCCUCUCGAUUAUAUACAUGGGUGAGAAACCCGAUGUGGAUCACAGCUGGAUUUGCGCAAAAAUUUGCUGGGCCAGAUGGAGGAAACUUUCAAUGUUUGUUAGCCUUAGAACAUUGCUUCCAUUCUUCAAAAAAAAGUCUGUUGCAACUUCUGACCAUGGCGCUUUUAGAUAGCGAAGAGCAAAAGGAGGAGUGGAGGAGGGAUCCUGAGAAGUAUAGGGUAUAUCGAAAAAUGAUUGAGCAUGAGCUGAACGUGCGAUUCCGGUUUGCGCUGAGGAACAGUAAGGAAUCCGACGAGGCCAAUGCAUUUUCUUACAAGGAAAUGACAACCAAACUAGGGGAUAGCGAAUAUCUCAAGGAAAAAAUAAUACCGAAGGACUUCAAUGUCGGGUGCCGACGACCCACACCAGGAAACGGGUAUCUUGAAGCCCUUGUCGGUGAAAAGACAACUUGCUAUACGGAUCCAAUCGGGGGGAUCACGCCAAAGGGGUUCCUAACAGCCGAUGGCACGGAGGUCGAAGUCGACGUUAUCAUCUGCGCAACUGGUUUCGACACAUCGUUUCGGCCCCGAUUCCCUAUAAUCGGGUUAGAUAAGGUUGACAUAGCCACGCGGUGGGAGAAGAUCCCAGAGUGCUACCUCUCAGUCAGUGCUUCAAACGUACCGAAUUACUUCAUGUACAGUGGUCCGUACAGUCCAGUUGCACAGGGCUCCCUCUUGUCACUACAAACGCUUCUCACAAACCAUUUCCUUCAAAUAAUCCGGAAAAUGCGCCAAGAGCACAUCCGGCGUCUCAGUCCGAAAGAAAGUGCCGUUGAAGACUUUUGCGAACAUGCGUCUGUGUAUCUACGUCGUACAUGUUGGGCAGAUCCUUGCAGCAGCUGGUUUAAACAAGGUCGGAAAGAUGGCAAUAUUGUGAUGUGGCCAGGUAGUAGAUUGGCAUUUUUUGAUAUUUUGAAGGAGCCCAAGUAUGAAGACUAUGAGAUAGAGUAUUGGAGUAAGAACCGUUGGGCUUUUCUCGGGAAUGGCUUCACGACGGAGGAAUUUGAUGGGAGCGAUAUGAGCAAGUAUUUGAACUGA